AUGAUAAGAUUUAUUAAACCAACUAGAUUCACCCACGGGCUCUAUAGAUUUCAUAGACUGCCGUAUAUAUCAUUUGCAGGAAUUUCUGGUGCAGUACAAUUACUUCAUUCUGCAGCAACAGCAACGACUAUUUCCAAAACACCUUCUCUACCAUCACCUUCUUUUGUGAAAAAAUCCAAUUUUCAAAUGAUUAACCAAUUGAUAAAAUCUACAGGUAAACCUGGGAAACCAUUAGUUUGGAUAGAUUGCGAAAUGACGGGAUUGGAUGUAUUUGGGAGCGACAGAAUUAUUGAAAUCUGUUGUAUCAUAACUGAUGAAAAUUUGAAUACAGUCAAUAACGGCGAAUUUUAUGAAAGUACCAUAUACUAUCCAGAAGAAAAAUUAAAUCAAAUGAAUGAAUGGUGUAUAAAAAAUCAUGGCAAACUGGGGCUAACGCAAAGGGUCCUAGACCAUCCAGAACAAACGUUGGAAAAAGUUCAGCUAGAAUUACUAAGUUAUAUCCAAAAAUAUAUAACUACACCAAGAAAAGGAAUUUUGGCUGGUAAUUCAAUCCAUAUGGAUAAAUUCUUUAUGAUGAAGGAUUUCCCAAAAGUCGUUGAUUUUCUACAUUAUCGACUAUUGGACGUUUCAACAAUUAUGGAGUUUGGUAGUAGACACGCACCGGAACUAAUGAGUUUGUCGCCAGAUAAGAAAAGUAGCCAUACUGCAAAGUCAGAUAUCUUAGAAAGUAUAGCUCAAUUGAAGUGGUACAGAGAUAAUUACUUUAAACUGGAGGAGCAGAUUGCAGAAACUGUUAAUAAUUUGAAAAGAGAGAAAAAGAACAGGAGUAGUGGUAAUUUGAAAUAA